AUGGGACAGAGCUCUGUUAAAACUGAAACUCUUACUUCUGGGAAGAGACAAUUCAAUAUUGACGACUUUGCGAGAAAGAAACCCAAAACGGACUCUGAAACAAGCGGCUCCCAAGAAGCGAGUCCCGAGAUAAUCGAGAUCGAGGAUAAAGAAGUGGACCCCAAUGUCGGCAUUACUGACAUAAAGCAAGACCCCAUACCCACACCAUCUACGCCGAUGGACGCGAAUGAGUCCAUUGACUUGACUACUCCGGAUGGAAAGACCAAGGAUGCAAGUCCGGUGACUCUCGAGAGACCUACGGAGCCUGUGAUUCUUGAACUGCCAAACGUUGAUCACAUCAAAGAGUCACAGGAUACCAGGAUGUCGGUUGAACCAACGGCACCAGUCACGACGAAUGAAAUGCCCAAAACGUUGACACAGAAGCAGCUAGAAAGGCUAGAAAAACAGAAGAUACGGGAACAGGAAAGACUCGAACGAGAAAAGAAGAAAGAAGAGGAGCGCAUACUUAAGAAACUAGAAAGAGAAAGAAAGGACCAGGAACGGCUAAUCAAGAAGCAGAAACUCGAGGAGGAGAAAGAAAGAAAGCGCGAGGAGGAGAGACAGCGCAGGGAAGAAAAGAAGAGAAAGGUGGAUGAGGAGCGGAAGAGAAAGGAACAAGAGCGCAUAAAAAAGGAUGAAGAGAAGAAACGCAAGGAGGAAGAACGCAAACAGCAAGAGGAAGAAAGAAAGAAGCAGGAGGAGCAGAAGGAACGAAGCCAAAUGAAGAUUUCUAGUUUCUUCACUGUAAAAUCUGCUGCUUCGAAACAAAAAUCUUCUUUGCCAGUUCCAACAUCAUCGAAAGCCACCACACCGGGUAAAGAAGCUAGCCUUUAUGAGAAGCAAUUCCUCCCUUUUUUCAUAAAGAAGAACACAACAAUGGCUGCUUCAAAAUCUAUGUCCAAGGAGGCUUUGAAUGCUCUGAUAAGCGAAUUCGAUAAAAGCUUGUCCUCGUCAGAGGCUAGCAGCAUAAGUCAGAUGUUCCCACAGCCUACGGUUACUCCACAGCGAUCGACUUUCACCAACGCUGAAGACCUCGCUGAAGCAUUAAACUCCACUUCCGUCAGUGAGUCAAGCGUAAAAUCGCUAUUGAAAAACCUCCCCAGCAUAAAAUACUUGCAGUUCUACGAAAACGCCAAGCCACCCUAUGUUGGUACCUGGUGCUCCAAACUUCACUCUAGAACACCAUUCACUGCAUUCAACCCACUCGAUACCUCACUCACAGGUUACGACUACAACUACGAUUCCGAUCUCGAUUGGCAAGAUGGUGAUGAAGGCGAGGGUGAGGACAUCGAUGAUCUAGAGGAUGGUGAUGGUGAUGAGGAUGAUGUUAAUGACGACGAGGAGAUGGAUGAUUUCGUGGAGAAUAACAACGAUGGCAAGCGAAGGCUAAAUAUGGGUCCUAUGGAGGCAGUGACAAUCAUUAAUGAUGGAAGCAACUCGACCUUGUUUGAAAAAUUGCAAUUUCGCCUCUUCCAGCCUCAGCUCAAAUUUCCUAUCAAUCCGAAUGAGAGUCCCAAGGAAGGUGCUAAGAUUGCGGAAAAGCCAUCUACACAAGGUGAUGCUCCUUUCUCUGUAAGCCAAUUGAAGGCUACCCCAUUGCAAGGGAAGAGCACUGCCAGCCCCAAUGUCCUCACGCCUCAGAAACCUAUAAUUCAAGAUAAAGCGGUUGUUCAACAACUAAUUGCAUUUAUCGAGAAGAAUUCGGACUUCACAAUAGGAACUCUUUCCGAAUUGGCGAAGAAAGAGUUCAAGAAUUACACCAAGAGCAUUCUCAAGCACACCAUCCAAGACGUUGCCAUUUACAACAAAAAACAAAGUUUAUGGGAAAUCAAGGAGGGUGUCAAAGAGAAGAAGAUCAAUGUGACUAUGCACAAGCCGCCUAGGAAACCAAGGGCAAAGAAGUCUGAGAUAAAAAAGAAUAAAGUUUCGGCCAGCUCACUUUCUUUGAAUGCUUUUGUGAAAGAGACGUUCCGGAACAAACAAAAGCCUGAUCCACUGAGUAUCCUAGACUACUUUGCUGGUGAUUCCCAGAAAGUUGACCAGUUCCUCAGCAAAAUCGAGGAUGUUGCAAGAAAAGACGGAGACUCAAAGCAUGAGAUCAGACCUUCUAUUCAUUCUAAAGAGGAGUGGGAAGGCGUUUUGAAGAGCAUACGGCUUCGAUUUCCAAAUCUCUCAACAAGGAACCAGAGAACACUUAGCAAGAUAUCACAGCAGUUGAAAAGCCUACAGCGUUCGGAUUCUGAGUCCAUCACAGAGCUGCCGUCCGUAUGGUCACAGGCAUCUAGACAACCGAGCGAUAGUCUUACAACGGAGGACAUGAAGUGGUUGUACGACUUAGAUAAUGCGGAGGGAAUCAAGGACCUAGAUGCAAAUGACUUGCAACUUCACGAGGAAGAAGAGGAAGAGAAGCCUUUUUACCUCACCCUUUCGCAGGCUAUGGAUCAGAGCAAGGUGAAGGAUAGUGAGGACGAGGGCGACGAAAGCAUUCAAAUAUUAGAUGCAAAAUCCCCAAUUUUAAUUUCAGAUUCGGAGUCCGAGCCCGAGCCAUACAUUCCACCGAACAAUAUAGCAGCAGCCGACGAUAUACCAUCUCAUCAGGUGGCUGGUCCACCUGAGUCGGUCGAUCUUCUUACUAGCAUCGCAUUUAACUCAAAGUGUCAAAGGGAGGAUAUGCCCGUGGGGACUCAAACUCAGCCACUUGUGGUAGAAGAGGACGAAGCAUUCCUGCCAAAGAAGAACAACGAAAGCAUCAUUUUCUCUUCUCCAAUCAAACCUGUGCUUACCAAGAAGCCAAAAACACCAACCAAGUGGCCAAGUAAUCUUGUGAUAACAUCGUCACCUGUCUCAUCAGGUAAAGAGGAUCUGGCGAAGAAAGGUGAAGAUGAAGAGGUGUUUGCAACGGCAAGAAGUGUUCCUGACGAAACGCAAGGCUCGCAAUCGCCCACGCUACAAUCUUCGAUGCCGCUGCCAAAGCGAAAGAUUUCGAGAAAGCGGAGCUUCAAGACAUCCACGCUAGAAUAUUGGGGCAUGUGGAGUUCCCUGAAGAUCUGUCCAAUACUAUUAAAAUGA